ACGUGUAGCUCACCUGCUAGCAGCAGCAGCUAGCUUGUCAGACGAGACAGGAACGUUAUGAGCGAGUUCAUAUCGACUGUCACAACGAAAGCUAUUCACUGAGUGUAGACAGAAAAAAAAGCGAACGUACAGCCAUUGAGAAUUUGAAAACGCUACGGACUGAUACUUUAUCGAAGUUAAUAUGCAGUAGCAGGAUGGAGUCACCAGUACAAACUUGUUUUGAGUGGUGCUGCAUCAGGACGCGACUUUGUUUCAAAGCUCGGAACAAGGAGCCAUAAACUCCAUGCGUCGUGGGAAGUCACUUAGUCUACAGAAACUGCAAAUUGCACUCAGAAAGACACACUGAAAGGACAGACAUGUUUGCCAAGUUGAAGAAGAAGAUCGCAGAGGAGGCGGCCAUAGCACCUCGGAGUGGUGUUCGUAUACCGCGCACCAUCAGCAGGGAAUCUAUCAUCUCGGUGGGGGCAGACUCGGGAGAUGACUUUGCAUCUGACGGCAGCAGCUCCAGAGACGACCUGCCCGCCCAGCUUCUCAGAAGGAAUGAUCAGAUCCGGAAGCUGGAGGCCAAGCUCUCAGACUACGCUGAGCAGCUGCGAAUUAUGCAGAAGAUCCAGGAGAAGCUUGAAAUUGCAUUAGAAAAGCAUCAGGAUUCAUCCAUCAAGAAACUUCAAGACCAGAACGAGUCUCACCAGGCCAGCAGAGCCAAAAUGGCCGAGGGGAUGACUUUGGCACUGGAAAAGAAGGAUCAGGAAUGGAUGGACAAGAUGACCGACGUGGAGAAGGAGAAGGCUUCCCUCUCAGCCCGGGUAGAGGAGAUGACGGAGCAAAGCUUAGCACUCUUCCAGAAAAGGGAUGACGUGGAUGAACUGGAGGGCUUUCAGCAGCAGGAGCUGGCUAAAGUUAAACACAUGCUGCUGAAGAAGGAGGAGCAGCUGAGCCAGCGGGAUCUGGAGCUCCAGCAGAAGGAGGCUGAAGUUCAUUCGGCAAAGCAAGGGCUGUUGGAGGCUCGAGGGAAACUCCAGACUCUGGAGCAGCAGCACGAGGAGAGCUGCUGCCUCAACUCUGAGCUGGAGAUAGAGCGAGAGGAACUGCUGCUGCUCAGAGAGGAGGCCGAACAGAAGAUCAGUGAGCUGGAGGGGCGAUGCCACGAGCUGCAGUCAGUCAUCCAGCAGGUCUCUGAAGACUUCCAGAAGUCACAGAGUACGGUGUCGACUUUAGAGAAGUCCCUCCAGGAAUUACAGACCGAGCACGACACCCUGAAGCUGCAGCAACUAAAGGCUGCUGUAACAGAGGUGGACAAGGAGCGCUUGUUAUUGGACCUUCAGAAGAAAGUGACGUCUCUGGAGAGACGGCUCCGGGGGAACCUGAGCCAGGAUGAGCAUCUACAGGAGCUUCUCCAUGAGAUGUCCAGCCUGGAGCAAAGUCUGGAAGAGAGCAGAGCAGAGCUGCUGGAGGUUCGGACAAACCACGCUGAUACUGUCAGCUCUCUGGAGACUCAGGUAUCCAGAAUGAGCUGCAGCAUCACUGAGCUGCAGACCCUUCUCCGACACAAAGACGACUCCUCCAGAUCCUACAAAGAAAGAACAGACACACAAAUCGCUGAUUUGGAGCAGAACGUCCUAGAGAGUGGUGAGAGACUGAAGAGUGCAGAGCAUCAGAUCAUAGAGGAGCAGCAGCAUGUGGAUAAACUGCAAGCAGAGUGGAGUGCAGAGAAGGCCUCUCUGGAUCAGCAGGUGUGUUUGUUACAGCAGCAGAGUCAGGAGAAGGCCAGCCGCCUGGAGGAAAGCAUCACCUCUCUACAGACAGAAAGACAGAGGCUGCGUGACAGAAUGGCUGAUCUGGAUCAGCAGAGGGACGAGGUAACCUCCUCUCUCAGCCAGCGGACAGAAGAGCUGGAACAGAACAGGGCGGAGCUGAACAGUCGGCAGACAGUGAGCACGGAAAUUGCCAAAGCUCUAGAAGAAACCAGACGACAGAAGGAGGAGCUUCAAACACAGGUUGGAGAGCUGACCACAUCUCUACAGACCUCACAGCAGGAACUGUCCACGGUCACUGAGAAGCUCGCACUGAGAGGGGAAAACGUCGAAACACUCCAGAAUGAGGUGCAGUGUCGGCAGGCAUCACUGGUGCAGCUGCAGGAGGAGGUGGAGCAGCAGCGAGCCCAGCUCGAGCAGAUGGAGCUGGAUAAAGACUCCCAGCUGAUCAGCCUGAGGGAGGAGCUGCUCAGCCAGACGCAGCAGCUAGAUAGCUGCCAGGCGCGGAUCUCGUACCUGGAGGUUGAGGUGGAAACCUUGACAGAACAGCUCCACAGCCCUGAAGUGUGUGAGGAGGAUCAGAACGGCAGUGUGACGGUGGAUGAUCUGGAUCACAUUCAGAAAGUCAACAGAGAGCUCGAGCAGCAGCUCUCCGACAAGAACAGGACCAUCAAGCAGCUGCAGCAGAGACUGGCAGAACUGAAGAGGACGCUGCAGAAGGAACUGAAGCUCAAGCCUGAGCCAGAAGCUGAAGGGAAGGAGAGGUUUCCAGAAAGCCGAGCAGAAAAACAAGAGAGGGUUUAUCCUGACCCGCUGCCAGCAUCUACACUGAGCCCCCCGACCUCCAAGACGACGGUGACCAAUACCUCAGACCUCAACGACUCACGAGAAAUCAACUUUGAGUAUCUCAAGCACGUCAUACUCAAAUUUAUGUCAUCCAGAGAGGCUGAGGCUUUCCAGCUAAUACGAGCCGUAUCUGUGCUGCUAAACUUCAGUCGGGAGGAAGAGGACAUGUUGAAACAAACUCUGGAGUACAAGAUGUCCUGGUUUGGAUCCAAGCCUUCUCCAAAGGGAACCAUCCGCCCUUCAGUCUCAGGCACCUCGCCUCCGUGGAGCUGAUGAGCAGCAGGAGGAGCUGAAGUGGUGGAGAUGAGGGAACCACGGCAUGCUCUGUGUGGGAAGGGCUGUUUUGUUCUGCUCUGUGGGGACAGAGAGGGGCUGCACAGUAUGUUCAUAAUCAGAUGAUGAUUUUUAAAUGACGACAUUUCCUCGUCAGUGGUUCAGGCAGACUUUUGGCCAUAUGUUUAGAGGAUAAACUGACGCACGUCAUUCAUACCGGAAUUUUAAGAGUGUAAUUUUUCUUCCCCGACGUAUGUCACAGAUAUGUUUUCAAUUCUGUGAAAACUGCAAAAAGUGAAUUAUUCAGAAAAUGAGAUGCAGAAAUUGAAAGAAAUAACGGACUGACUCGACUGUUUCCUUAGGAGCUGCCUCGUUUCUACCCAGACUCAAAAUACACAAGUCACAUCUGUUUUUGUUGGAACAAGACAACAAUACGACUUGAUACAACUGUCUUCACUGGACAGGUGGUGCAGCUUUGAUAGCUUGUUACCUGGUUAAUCUUUCUAUUAUAAUCACAGAGGGCUUCUUAAUGAAAAUGACUGGUACAGGUCACCACAGCCGGUGUGGUUUCAGUGUCAGUGAGACUCUAGUAGAACAUGCCAAAUGGACAUAAAUGGUUCACAUUUGUGUCAAAGGAUCUAAACUGGUCUAGAUUUAGAGUUUGAAGCCUGUGGAAGUCUUCGUGAUAGCAUUGAAAGGAAUGUGUGUGUUGACUAUGUUCUGAUGGCCAAGGAAUGCAGUUAAUAUAAGACUACUUUACAAAGCUCCGAGCACAAUCAAGGCUUUCCAUUCACAGUUGGAUUUCAUGUCCAACAGCACCCCGAAAUUCAAGAAUUUUCUUGAGAAAUUAGAGUGCUGACAUUUUACCAUUUGUGAUUGAUGGUUAAUGAUAAGUCGUGAUUAUUUGUGUAUAAUUUUAAAUCAUCAAAAGUAGGUUGGGGGUGUACGUUUUAAUGAAAGUUCCUUGGUUUUAUUUCUCUUUAAAAUGACAUUUUCACCAAAUCUCUUUACACUGUAGUCCCACUUGUCUUUUGUCGUCUCAUCAGUGCAGGACGCAUUAACUGUCAAGUCUGUACGCCCCGAGACCGGAGCUUGCUCUCAGUGGGAUCCGAUCAGCCAGACCACAUGCAGAGGUGGCCUUUAAUGAACAAAAAAACUGGGGAAUUCUAUAGUGAAGAAUUUCUAAGAAAUGAAAGGAGUUUAUCACUGAAUCGGCAGAGCUUUGGUAGCGGCUGUCUUCUUAUACCGUAGGUAGGAAGGGCACGCAGCAAAGAUAAUGUGGGACUUUUAUUGUGAAGAAUUUAAAGGAAAUGCGAUGUGUAGUUAUCAACAUUUCUUUUGCCACUUCUUUGACCAUGAAAGUUAUUCUGCCAGGCAGGUUAUAUUGAAGUAUCAAGUCUGGACACACUCACCCGAACACAAUAAAGUCACAUUAAAAAGACGGAAAUCCCCAGUAGAUGGUCUGAGCUGUGGUCUGGUUGAGAUGGUUUAGGCUCAUACAAGUAUUGCAGUAUAAUAUAUACAGAGUUAAAAAUUCUGGAAAUUAUAAAAUUUUUACGUUUACACAAACAUUUUUGAUAAGGAUUCCUUAAAUUUGGUUCAUAAAGAGUUGGGACCAAGGAACUUAUUACAGUGUAAUAAUAAACGUGUCCGUGCUCUCUGGUAGACAACAUGCAGUAUGCGUGGUGACCUAUCGGAGUGCAGUAUGCGUGGUGACCUAUCGGAGUGCAGUAUGCGUGGUGACCUAUCAGAGUGCAGUAUGCGUGGUGACCUAUCGGAGUGCAGUAUGCGUGGUGACCUAUCGGAGUGCAGUAUGCGUGGUGACCUAUCGGAGUGCAGUAUGCGUGGUGACCUAUCAGCCAACAUGCAUUCUGAAAUCAGCCAUGCUGUUGGUCAACAGCUCAUUUAAAUGGGUUGCAGAACCUAAGUGCUUGGCCAUUGAACUCGUACGAUAACGAGUUGAGGCUCCCAGCAGAUGUUCCUCACCAGUCCUCCUGUCCUCUGGGUUGGCAGACCCUAAUCUAACCAUGGUCCCAACCUACACUACCUGUGGGAUGGUGAAUAUGGAGCUUGGAAGUGCUGCUCUGAAGGCUCAGGUCAGGGUAAAAACGUCUGAUACUGGAGGAAUAAAAAUGGCUGCCACGGCUGAUGCUAUCUGUACGCACAGACUGUCCUUUAACACCAAUAUGAAUGAUUUAGACUAUGGUUGUCCAUUUGGAUAAUAUAACAAUGUGAUGAUGACAAUUUACGUGACAUUGUCAAUGAUGACUGGAGAAAAUGCUCUACCUUUACCUGCCUUUGCUAAUGUAAAUGAAAGUACAUUCCACAGUCCUAUUUAUAUAGAGAAAUAUGUACAUACUGUAUGCAUUAAGAACUUUAUAAAUCAGUGGAUGUAAAUGGUUUGAUGUGACCAGUUUGCAGUAUUUAUCAUCAUCAUAAUCAUCGACCAAAACC